CGGCAUUCCUAUGCUCAGUCCAAUGCGCGUUGCACUGACUUCAUCGCACCUUGUCUCCUUGUACAGACAGGAGAUUGUAUCAAAUAUUAGCGACCAGCAGCCUGAGUAUUGCAAGCAUGGCAGGAUGCGUAUCUUGUUCUGUUUGCACGAGCGUCGCAGCCGCGGACUAGCCACUGCCGAAGGCGCACACAAUACACAAUGCAGGUGCGAUGUCCCGAGCGCGAGGCGGAGAGCAUAAGAAGGUCGCUCCCGGACACGACUGUGUCGCAUCCUUCCCUCCGGAUGGGGUCCUCCUUGUUGUUCACGAUUUUUUUGUAUGUUCUUGUUCAGGGCUUCGUUAAUGAUCUUCCAGAGGGCCCUCCGGUCCCUGCUGGGGUGAAGAUUCGCUUUGCUGGAAUGGUUGACGACCUCAGGAAGGUCUCCCUUGCGGAUAGCCCGAUCAUCAUUGCCAGAGAAGUACCUAUGAACAUAAUCAUUGUGCGGCUGACCAGCGGAAAGUACGCCAUGCUAUUCUCGCAGGUCUCGCCGUACACGGUUCUCUUCACUCCGCCAUGCAUGGUGCUAUCGAGGGACACGCCCGCGUUCAUUGUCUCAGAGUCAACAGGAGUACUGUGUUGGGCGCACACCGACGGCGGCGAGCAGACUUUGUACGAAGUGACGAUUCGCGAUGUCGAGCCUUUUGAAGAGUUCGCCGGCUGCUUUCGACGGAUGAGCGCAGAUGCUGCAGCGGACGAUGUCGACAUCGACAUUGCAGUUGUCGAGCAUGAAAUGGCCUGCGUUUACAACGCCUUCGACGCCUGUAUUAACUGGGGCUCUUUUGAGGACGAGACGACCUGGGGUCAUGUCCGUGUGGCCUACUGGAGAGGCUUUGUCUGCGCAAUGGCCGUGCAUUAUUUUGUUGUAUGCCUCACAACUCUUGCGCAGUGA